GUAUCUAUCGGAGAGACUUGAAUGUUUUUACCUUGAGCACGCAUAUCAUUAUCAGAGAAGAUAUGACCAUUUGUGGAUUUUUGUUAUUUCGACCAUGAGUUGACCAAUCGAGCAGUCGAUAAUUGUGAAAGGUAAGGAACGAAGACAUAAUUACCAUCCUUUUCAUUCGGGGAUUGGAAUCGAUGUGGUGCUUUUUGCUAGACUGUCCAUUGUAUAGUUUGCCAACGAAAGCUCGUGCUCUAUGUCACCGCUGUGAUGGCAAGUUUCAGCGUUCUAUACUGUCUGGCAAAAACAGAGUAUUUCAACGCUCGACACGGGAAUCCCAAAGUGGGUGUGGUACACUUUUUCUCUUUUCCAAGCUGAAGUUUGACCAAUCCACCGUUGUUUACUGGUUGAAAAAGACCGUACAGUUUUUUCAAAGUGAAAAUGGGCAGUUUAUUUUGUUUGGUCUCGUUUGUUAUCUUGUGUUGUCUGGGAAGAUUUCGUGGAUAUUUGACUCGUUUUUGAUUUUCUUCUCUGUAAUCAGUAUCAUUCCCAUAAUAGGGUUGUUGGUGUUUCGUUGGUGGGUAACCCAAAAUGUUGUUCAAGUAUUUUGUCCCAACUGUUCGUCACCAGUAGUGGGAAUUAAAGGUCGAGAAGUUCCCUGUAGUAAUUGUGGAUAUUUGUUGACGGUGGACGAUCAAGUCAUUAUUGCCAAGGACUCUUCGAAUAGGAAAGACGGAAACAAGAAGAAGCAGUCGACUAUAUCUGUGAUUGAUGUGGAUGCCAGGGAAGUAGGAGAUGAAUAAAGUGAGACUCUGUACAGAAAUAACAAAUCUAUUUUAGUUUUCACAAUUGAAAUUAUUUCAUUCUCUUUGGAGAACAAGUUUCUGUUAAUUCUAUGUCCAUUUGGAAAACUUCAUCUGUAACAACUCUAUUAUCUACUUAUUGGAUGAUAGAGUAAAUAUAAUUGAUGCACA